AUGCCGCUAGAAGAUGGCCGCACUCUAUCUGACUACAACAUUCAGAAGGAGUCCACCCUCCAUCUUGUCCUGCGUCUGAGGGGUGGCAUGAAGAUCUUUGUGAAGACCUUGACUGGAAAAACCAUAACUCUUGAGGUGGAGCCCAGUGACACCAUCGAGAAUGUGAAGGCAAAGAUCCAGGACAAGGAAGGCAUUCCUCCUGACCAACAGAGGCUGAUCUUUGCUGGCAAACAGCUAGAAGAUGGCCGCACCUUGUCUGACUACAACAUCCAGAAGGAGUCCACCCUCCACCUGGUCCUGCGUCUGAGGGGUGGUUUUUAAACUUUCUGCUUGCUUACAACAAUUGAAGUAAGCUUCACUGCACUUUGUUUCAAUAAAGCUGUUGGGAUUUCC